AGUCCGCCCCAUGCGUGCGGGCCGAGGCCGGCCCCUGCGAGCCGCAGACAUGAAGAAAGACGUGCGGAUCCUUCUGGUGGGAGAACGUGAGUCCGCGCGCCCGGCCUAGCCGGGGCUGGCCGCGGCCACCGCAGCCCCUGCCGCCCCGCUGCCCUACCUCCGCGCCCCCAGGCCUCCCAGCCCCUCCGCUCUUCCCUUUCGGCUGCCCGCCGGCGGCCCUCGGUCUCUCACCUCACCUGGGCCCUCCUGAGCCCUCCGUCCUCUGUCCCCCCGUCAUCACCCUCAAGCCGUGUCUCCAUUAGCCUCUGACCGCCCGGCCUCAACCCUCCGAAGGUCCUCUCCUCCUUUUUCUCUUGGAAUGCUCUCCUCCCGGGCCUCCGCGUUUCCGAGGCCGCCUCCUCUCAGACCCUCUCGUCUUCCGUGGAGAUUCCCUUGUCCCUGCCAGGCAGCUAGAGUUGGGAAGACAUCACUGAUUAUGUCUCUGGUCAGUGAAGAAUUCCCAGAAGAGGUUCCUCCUCGGGCAGAAGAAAUCACCAUUCCAGCUGAUGUCACCCCUGAGAGAGUUCCGACGCACAUUGUAGAUUACUCAGAAGCAGAACAGAGUGAUGAACAACUUCAUCAAGAAAUAUCACAGGCUAAUGUUAUCUGCAUAGUUUAUGCUGUUAACAACAAGCAUUCUAUUGAUAAGGUAACAAGUCGAUGGAUUCCUCUCAUAAAUGAAAGAACAGACAAAGACAGCAGGCUGCCUUUGAUAUUGGUUGGGAACAAAUCUGAUCUGGUGGAAUACAGUAGUAUGGAGACCAUCCUUCCUAUUAUGAACCAGUACACAGAAAUAGAAACCUGUGUGGAGUGUUCAGCAAAAAAUCUGAAGAACAUAUCGGAGCUCUUCUAUUAUGCACAGAAAGCUGUUCUUCAUCCUACAGGGCCCCUGUACUGCCCAGAGGAGAAAGAGAUGAAACCAGCCUGUAUAAAAGCCCUUACUCGUAUAUUUAAAAUAUCUGAUCAAGAUAAUGAUGGUACUCUCAAUGAUGCUGAACUCAACUUCUUUCAGAGAAUUUGUUUCAACACUCCGUUAGCUCCUCAAGCUCUAGAAGACGUCAAAAAUGUAGUCAGAAAACAUAUAAGUGAUGGUGUGGCUGAUAGUGGAUUGACACUGAAAGGUUUUCUUUUUUUACACACACUUUUUAUUCAGAGAGGGAGACAUGAAACUACUUGGACUGUGCUUCGACGAUUUGGUUAUGAUGACGAUCUGGAUUUGACACCUGAAUAUUUAUUUCCCUUGCUAAAAAUACCUCCUGAUUGCACUACUGAAUUAAAUCAUCACGCAUAUUUGUUUCUCCAGAGUACUUUUGACAAGCAUGAUUUGGAUAGAGACUGUGCUUUGUCACCUGAUGAGCUUAAAGACUUGUUUAAAGUUUUCCCUUACAUACCUUGGGGGCCAGAUGUGCAUAAUACAGUUUGUACGAAUGAAAAAGGCUGGAUAACCUACCAGGGAUUCCUUUCCCAGUGGACGCUCACGACCUAUUUAGAUGUGCAGCGGUGCCUGGAGUAUUUGGGUUAUCUAGGCUAUUCAAUAUUGACUGAGCAAGAGUCUCAAGCUUCAGCCAUCACAGUAACAAGAGAUAAAAAGAUAGACCUUCAGAAAAAACAGACUCAAAGAAAUGUGUUCAGAUGUAAUGUAAUUGGGAUGAAAAACUGUGGGAAAAGUGGAGUUCUUCAGGCUCUUCUUGGAAGAAACUUAAUGAGGCAAAAGAAAAUUCGUGAUGACCAUAAAUCAUACUAUGCGAUUAACACUGUUUAUGUAUAUGGACAAGAGAAAUACUUGUUGUUGCAUGAUAUCUCAGAAUCGGAAUUUCUAACUGAGGCUGAGAUCCUUUGUGAUGUUGUGUGCCUGGUAUAUGAUGUCAGUAACCCUAAAUCCUUUGAAUACUGUGCCAGGAUUUUUAAGCAACAUUUUAUGGACAGCAGAAUACCUUGCUUAAUCGUAGCUGCAAAGUCAGACCUGCAUGAAGUCAAACAAGAAUAUAGCAUUUCACCUACUGAUUUCUGCAGGAAACACAAAAUGCCUCCACCACAAGCCUUCACUUGCAAUACUGCUGAUGCACCCAGUAAAGAUAUCUUUGUUAAAUUGACAACAAUGGCCAUGUACCCAGAGGAUCAUUACAGAGACAGACUCUCCCGAGACAUGGGCAACACUGAUAGAAUAGAGAAUUUGAGAAAAAUCUGGGUCUUUCUAAAAACUGCUUUCCAUGCCCGGUUACGCUGUAUGUGCACCUGCAACAGGUGUACAUUUUGCAUCUGUCAGAACUUCCUCAACUCAGACUUGCUGCAAUCUGUAAAGAACAAAAUCUUCACUGCAGUUCUUAACAGGUUAAGAGCCCGGGUAGCUGCGUGGGGUGCCGUGCUGUUAGCAGACGACGAAGGCAGUAUUAUUCACCAGGUGCAUGCCAUCAGCUCUGUAGAAGAUUCCAUCUUCGUGGAGUCAUCUCAUGGUCCACUUUUUCUUGAAGCCAGGCACGUGACACAAGCUGACCUCAAGAGCUCCACGUUUUGGCUUCGAGCAAGUUUUGGUGCUACUGUUUUUGCAGUUUUGGGCUUUGCUAUGUACAAAGCAUUAUUGAAACAGCGAUGAUUUAAAAAAAAAAUACUGGCCCUACCAAAAACAAAUACUUUUAUGUACAUUCUGAAUGCUUUAAAUUCCACUAGAAAUAUUGAGAUAUUUAUACAUGCAGAGUUACUUUGUUAAUAUUUGUAAUUCAUGCAUAAGAGUAUUUUAAUGAUAGUUAUAACUGCAGUAUUGGCUAGCAUAUGGAAGGAAACAGCUUAACUAAAAUGACUAACUUUCAGAGGCCAAAAGGGAAUAUUUUGUAAAUAAUGUACAUAUUCAGGCAAGAUAUGGUCUCCCAGACUGAGUUCAAGAAAUGAUGUUUCUAGACGUUUCUACAUGGUAUUAUUAGUGCUCAGUUGGCUCACUCUCCUAGGUUUAAGUCAGCUCAGAGACUUUAUUUACUCAUUGAUCACUUAUUUAUUUCACAUUUACUCAGAAUGAUCUUUGGGUACUUUAAGUACACGAGGCACAAUUUGCCUUUUUCUCUCCGUUUUUAAAAACGUGACUUUCUUUCACUCCCAUCCUUCAUGGUAGGCCAGCCUUGAAGCCAUCGUGCAGUCUAGAAAAUUGUAUAGCUGAGUGUGAUGCUCUCCUUUAAGGAGGGAGUAAGCUCAAGGCGAUUAGCAAAGGCGUCACCUGUGUGAUUAUUUUGUUUCCUUUGUCAGUAUGUUGAAUUUUAUAGCCCUUUCAAUCAAAUGAGAAAAAAGAUUUGUAUAUUAUCAAUGUUUUUAGUUUAAAUAAACAGUCACCAUUACUACUAUUGAGUUUCCUCCCAAAGUGUAAAUCAUUCUAUAAUGGCUGUGUCUAUUAUAGUAUAUUACAGUAGCUGCAUGUGUCAUGAAGUGUUCUAUAUCUGGCUAGGAUAACCUAGAAGCAGCACUUUUUUAAAUGGUAAAAUAAAUCUAAUGAAUAAAACUCUCAUUAUGAACCUAUUUUUUCCAUCAUUGACCUUUUCAAGUAUUUAAAUAAAUAAGCACUGUG